GAUAAGAUACUCAAACGCAAACUUAGUAUUACAGCUAUUAUAUGGUAUCGUGUGUCGUCUUUAUUCCAAUAAUAAAGCAGUUCGCCUUCGAAUACUUCCGUAAUCGUCUGUUGCAUCUCCUAUGGCUUCGUCAGUAACGGUAAAACACUUCAACAGUUAAAAACAUAUAAACACAGUCGACUUUUCGAGCGUGGGCAUGUUACGAGUAUAGGCUGUAUGAGCUAUCUGUACAGUACCAAUUUUCGUAUUGAAAUUUUUAUGCAACGCUGCCAGAUUAUAUAGAAAGUGGUGGUAGAUUUCUUUUCGUGCGUUAUAUUGAAUUGAAUAACAAUAUGUCCUUGAUAAGGAUGAUCAUAGGAGCCAUAACAAUGGUGAGAACGUAUGUGUCAGUUCUUUUGCGGUUCCCAACAAAGAUGUUUAGUGUUAAAUGUACGUCACCGAAUCGUUUAGAUAAAAAGACAGCUAUAGUAACCGGAUCGAAUACGGGAAUCGGGAAACACACAGCGAAGGAUUUUUUCGAAAGAGGUGCACGGGUAAUAAUGGCGUGCAGAAAUCCGCAACUGGCUGAAAAAGCUGCAGAAGACAUCAAGGAAUUAUGUAAAGGGAAAUCGAAUUUAGGCGAACUCGUAGCAGUUAAACUAGAUCUAUCUAGCUUGAAGUCAGUCAGAGAGUGUGCCAAACAGAUUCUUGCCAAAGAAAAGAGGAUUGAUUUACUUAUCAACAAUGCAGGUGUCAUGAUGUGUCCGUAUUCAAAAACCGAAGAUGGAUUUGAGAUGCAGAUGGGUACCAACCAUUUAGGACACUUUCUGUUUACCAUGUUGUUGUUGCCUACAAUCUGCAAUAGUAUUCCUGCCAGAAUUGUGAAUGUCUCUUCAUUAGCACACGAAGUUUCUUCUCCAAUAAAUUUUUCUGACUUGAACUGGGAAAAAAGAAGAUACAGUUCGAUAGGAGCCUAUGAACAAAGCAAAUUAGCUAAUAUUAUCUUCACUAAAGAACUGGCAAGGAGAUUGAGAGAAAACAAUAUAAGUGGAGUCAAUACCUACACCCUUCACCCUGGCGUGAUAAAAACCGAGCUUGGCAGGCAUCUCAGUAAAACAUUUAUUCCGGGCUUAUCAACAGUGUUCAAUUUCGCCACUAGUCUGUUUUUCAAAACUGUAGAACAGGGUGCGCAGACAACUAUAUACUGUGCAGUUAGUGAUGAAUGUGCAAAUGAUUCCGGGCUCUAUUAUAAAGAGUGCGAGGUAGCAAAGCCUAGUAAAUUGGCAGAGGACAGUGAAGUGGCUGAAAAAUUGUGGAAUGUCAGUUGGAAAUUAGUAGGAUUAGAAGAGAAUUAUAAUCCUUUCAAAAUAUAGACUUAAUUUAUCCAGAGGAUUUUAUUUUAUGCACAUAACUUUUAUUCAAAUUGCUUUGCGGAUAUGAAACGUCAACAGGAAAAUGUCAGAUUUCUAUAAGCAAAAGAAUAAUAUACAUGACGAAAUAAGAAUAAAAUAUAUGACAAGUUAUAAAAUAAGUAGCAAAAACAGUAUGCUUGUUUAGAAGUACAAAUUGUUAAAUAAAAGAAAAGAAAAAGUAUGCAGCAUUAAUGUAUAAUAGAGAGUAAAAACGCUUAGGGUACAAGUACGUUAGAAGUUGUUUUUAGAAGACGUUCAAGUCGUUGAUGGCUUUCAACUCGGAGGGCAAAUUACUGAAGAUACAUCCACAUAGGUAGUCAGGGCUAUUACGUUAUGUGCUGAGGCUAUAUUUGUUCAACGUAAUGUUGUAGAUUGUAUCUCUGGGACACUUUUAGGCGAUUUUGCAGGGGGAUUCUGGAUAGAAACUUUGUUUAUGUCAUGAUCAAUCAGCUUGACAUAUUCCCCUUCUGUGCUCGAGUUUAUGUUGGCGAAUGAAUUAGAUGUGCUGGAACAACCUAAAUUUGAAUCACUUUUAAGGUGGUAGAUUAAGGAAUCUCGUUUUUUACGCCUCAAACUGUUGGUGGCAGUUGUUAUUGCAGACCAUCUUCUUUCUGUAAAAAUGC